AUGAAUGCCACCAAAUACGCUCGAUCCAUGCUAGAUCCCUCGUGGAAUCCAAUACAUACUCAAGACCAACUAUCCUCUAACCAACUGCUAGAUAUGAUGCGCACAGUUGUUGAGCCCUUUUUCCCGGACCGCGUCAAUCUACAAGUUGGAGAAGCCAGUUUUACCACAACCGUUAAAACGUUAACGGCGAGGAGUAACUACUUCCAAGACGUUUUCUCUAGCCAAACAGCCACUGAGAUAGAGGAUGACGGCAGUGUCUUCGUUGAUGGAAAUGGUGCUGUGUUUGCAUACGUGAUGGAAUACCUUCGACGCGGCGUCUUCCCCCUCGCCUACGACCAUGCAAAGGGCCACGACUACGGACUUUACGCGCGGAUACUUGAAGAGGCGAGGUAUUUCAAGUGCACGAACCUAGUCCUCUGGCUUGAGGGAGAAUGCUAUAACAAGUGUGUGGUCAAGAGGGUUGAGACGGAAAUGCAAGAUUCCGAGUGGCCGAGAAUCAGCAUGGAAGGCUUCGUUGAUUUCACCGUCAAGUCCUAUGCUGUUGAGAAGGAUGGAGCAUACGUUUGCCCUCGGAAUAUUCCUGGACACUUAAGCGCUGGUAUGUGUGGCGCGAAAUGCCUGAAGAAGACGGCAAACCGCGCCGGUCAAGACUACACCUGGAUGAUAGCAAAGACUAAGUGUGUCUUCAACCGAGGAUGGAUGACCGACUCUGGGUCCUCAUUCCUCAAAUUUGUAGAGGAAACCAAGGCCAACGUCUCAAGAGGUAGCAACUCCAGGGUACAAUCACCUGUCAAAGUUAACGCUGCACCAAAGCCCAGCACAGCACCGAAACCAACCACUGCACCUAAGCCCAGCAUUGCACCGGCACCCAGCACAGCACCAACUCCGAGUAGUAAGAAUAACGCCAUGAAUACAAAGACUAUACUCGUCGGCUCAGUGCCUGUGCGCUGGGGUUAG